GAAAAUAAGAAAUAAAUCAUAAGAACUCUCAAGAUAAAUUAAUAAACAAAUAUAAGACGAACAUCUGGCGUUUUUAACCAUAACCUCCCGGCAACGAACUCCCCCUCCUCUCCCUGUCUCUGUCUCUCCCGUGCGCGUAAGAUCGAGCAUGGCUUCAAACUACGGUUCCGGCCGCGCCAGAUCGGGCGGCAAGAUUGUCCGACCCAGGCGAGCCGCGACCCCGAGAACACCAUAUGAAAGACCCAUAUUGGACAAUCCGGGUCAUCAAAACCCUAAUUGGAUCUCCCGCCUCAUUUACUCUCCAACUCGCAUGAUCGCCACCGGGGCCGGAAAAAUCCUCUCCUCUGUCUUCUUCUCCGACUCUUCUUCAUCCUCUUCUUCUUCAGAUGAUCUUGAUGAUAGCAACAAUGAGAAUGAUAUUUCUUCUCCAGGGGAUGAAGCAGUGCAGAAGAAUGUGGCAUCAGAAAUGGUCAGAUGUUUCAUAAAUCAAACCCCACAAAUUGCAUGGAAGAGUGAAACUAUGCGUGUUAUUGAACAGCUUCUCAUGAAGGAGACCUUCACAAGGGAAGAAUGUGAUAGACUAACAAAUAUUGUUAAGUCAAGAGUUAUAGAUCUUCCCAUCACUGCUGACACUGAGGAUAUGAGACCAAAUGUUGCCAUGUCUGAUAUGAUGCAGGCUACUGAUGAUGAACUGGGUUCACCAGUGGAUAUGGCAAAAUCGUACAUGCAAAGGCGUCCUCCAUGGGCAUCUCCGUCUAUAAAGCACAUUGAAUUUACAUCCCCAUCACCGGUUAAAAUACAACCUUUUGGAGAAGAAACACCAUAUUCAGUGGGUGAUAAUUCUGUGUCUUCAACCAAGCUGAAAAGGGACUUCCUCUCUGCGGGUUCAUGGAAUAUCCAGGAGGAGCUACGAAGAGUGAGGUCUAAGGCCACAGAAGAGAUGUUAAAGAACCUACCAUCCUCAAAAGUUGAUUGGUCUGCUUUCUCUUUAGAACACAGAAGUGGCCUCAACUCUUUAGCAGGGAAUAAAAAUGAAGCUGUUGUAGGAGAUAAAAUGCCUGGCUAUGCAAAACCCAGGGAUGGAUUUUUAAAUUUUGCUGAAGUUUCAAAGAUGAUGCAAGACGGGCUGCAAAAUAACAGCUUCCAAAAUCCAGCCAUUUCCAGUUCUGAACAUAAUCAGGUUUUUGGAGCAAAUCGAACCACUGAGGGAGCAACAGUAUACAGUGAUCAGAUCCCUAUGUCUGGGUUUGAAAUGAUUAAGAACAAUGCCACAUGCAGACAGUUUGUAGCUUCUUUAUAUUUCACUGAUAUAUUUCCUUCUAAAUUAGGCCUGCGGGAUGGCGUAGAAGAGACAUUAAGCUCCACACAAAGACGUGAAUCACCUGAAAACAUAAAGACUACACACAGGUACUUGUGACCUAUGCACCUUAUG